CGACCUAUCAUUACCUCAGCUGUAAGCGAACGUUGCUGUGGUGGGUUCUAUGGCUCUAGUUUGAGUCAAGGUUGUGACCCUAAAACACCGCUAGCGACUUAAAGCAACAGUGAUGGGCAACAGAACGUGAUUGUGACGUCAUGUGGAUUAACAGUUGCGCAACAACGAGGUGUUUCAUACAGCAGGUGGCUCCUGUUUCGUCCGAAGGCAACCGGAAGAAGAGAACUCAGGUCUUGUUGAAGGCAGCUUUAUUUUGACAGCCGGCGUUUUUUCAUUACUAAGAUUCUCUUAGUCUGUAGACUGUAUUCAACCAGAUGGCAUCUUUGAACCAGUCUCUAUCCAGUAUGGCUGCAGAAUCGACAGAUUCGCCGUUGUCUAACUUGACUCAGAAUUCCAGCGGUGUGGCGACGACGGCGAGCUCGCCAGGGUUGGACAUGGCCAUGAACGUGGUGUUCGGUACCCUGGCCGCCCUGAUCCUGGUCGCCAUGGGCUGUGCUGUCGACAUUGACGUGAUGAUUCAACACGUCAAACGGCCGUACGGGAUAGGAGUCGGCGUCAUGUCGCAGUUCGGGGUCAUGCCGCUAGUGGCGUUCUUGUUGUGUCUGGCCUUUAAGCUGGACCCAGCCCAUGCCAUGUCAGUGUUAGUGGUGGGGUGCUGUCCAGGCGGGAGUGUGUCUAACGUCCUGGCCUACCUCGUGGAUGGAGAUAUGAGCCUAAGUAUCUGCAUGACGACGGCGUCCACGGCGCUCGCCAUGGGCCUGAUGCCGCUGUGCCUGUGGUUGUACAGCCAGCCGUGGACCACGCCCGCCUUCGUCAUCCCGUACUGGAAGAUAGCCGUGACCUUGGUACUGAUAGUCGUUCCCGUGGGCCUCGGGGUCUUGCUCAAGUACAAGUCGCCGAAAGGGGCGCUGCUGUUUUUGAAGAUUGGCGGAUUCUUCGGCUUUUUCAUCUUGAUUGUUGCAGCGGUGCUUGGCGGAUUGACUUACAAGAACAUGUGGGUCGGUCCUCCGUCCAUCUUCAUCAUGGCCGUCGUCUUCCCGCUGAUUGGCUACGUGUUCGGUUACGUCAUCGCCUGGCUGUUCCGGAUGGACUCCAAGUGUCGGAAGACGGUCUGCAUCGAAACUGGGAACCAGAAUAUCGGGCUAGCUUUAUCCAUCCUGAAGCUGACGUUUCCCGCGGAAAUUACGGGUGAACUGUUGUUGUUUCCCCUGAUGUACGGGGUUUUUCAGGGCAUAGAGGCGGUCAUUAUCAUCACGACUUACCAGAUCUGGAAGAUCAAGUGUAGAAAGCCUGAAGAAAACGACGAAAAGGAGCCAGACUCGGACCCGACAACGUUACUGUUACAGAAACUCAUGAAACGUCCCAAUUAACUUAGUAGCAUAUUUAGUCUUUACGCACAUUUGUAAAUAACGUUAUCUUAUGAGCCUCAGAAAAAUGUGCCUCCGAUUACCUCAUCAACCCGAGCAAAAACCUGCCGACGCUAGUUCAAAAUCGUUUUUUCUUGUUGGACCGGUCCGGAAAAACCGAACCUGAAAAUAAAUCAGUUGACCGGAUGUGGGACCGAUUACAAAAUGAACAGACUAUACAGGCACUACAGUGGCAGACGUGCACAUGGUUUGAGGCUUAUUGGUCCAAGAAAAUAGCAAGAGCGAAGUAGAGGAGAGUUGAUAGCCAUUUUACGAAGUUUCUACUUGGUCUAACUUAUCAGAGGCAGUUAGCGUUGUUUACGUUAAGAUAGAAUACUCCACCAAAGAGAUUAGUAGUGUCAACGUUUGUCAGUGACUGCAGAUUGCAUUGCCCUAGUUGUAACUUAACUUAACUUAACUUAUAACCUUCUCAUAGUCAUAACGUAACUAAUCAUAAUUUAACUUAAUUUGUUAUAACUCAACUUGAAUUUGGAGUCAUCCUUAUCCCAAAGAGGAACAAUAUGUAACUCUGUACAAUAUGUAACUCUGUACAGUUUUGCACUCGUUCAAACGAUCUCUCUUCGAUCUGGUAUUAAUGAUGAAUAUGAUUAAUGACAUGAUCUGAUUUCUUGUGCCACCAAAUCUCAUAGGACAAAGAAAGUGGUUCAACUAAUAUACAAUUUCAUAAAUUAAGAUUUCUCUUGCAUUAUGUCUUUGUUGCUCGUGCCAUGAGAAGUGAGUUUAUGUACAUGACCAAAGAGGACGAUAAUGGGUACCGUACGGUAAUAGGUACCACUUCGUUACU